AUGCCGAUUAACAAAGACUCAUCAACACCUCCGCCUGUCAUCGGAAAAAUCGGACCUUACACUGUCUUUAUGACUCCUCCGGCGACUCCAAAACCACCUGAAUCUCCCUCCGCCUUGCCUGUUGUUCCACCGCCGGUUCUUCCUCCGCCGCAGCAGUUUAAAUCGGUGGCUUCCUCUGACCAAGACGGCUCAGUUUUGGGGUUCUUUAAAAACGCCGUCACAAAGGUUCAAAAUGCACAUUCAAGUGUGGAUGAUCAUUUGGUGAGAUGGUUUGGGUUAAACCAAUCUAAGUACCAAUGGGCUUUAGAUGAGUACUAUGAAGGCAAAGGAUCAGAAAUGAAAAGCGUGAAAGCAAAGGAGAUGCCGGGAAAAGUGCAGAGCGUAUAA